CAAGGCAGAGCGGCGAAAAGUUUCGCCAAGUGUUGUCAGCUUUGUGCCGCUCCACGUUGUUCCCGAACCCUCUCCUCAUCCCGGGGCCCUAGACUUGCAACGCUCGGGCGAUUGAUUUUCGCCGGGUUAUCGCGGAAACGGUGAAAGGUGGGAGGGAGCGGGCCGCUCGUGUGCGUCUGGGGGCGUCUGUGGUGCGUGUUGGUCGGCGGCGAUGGACCAGGUGCAGCGGAAGAGCAGCCUGAGGUCCUACGGCUCGGCCAAGUCGCUGUCGGGGUCGGACGAGCAGCCCGGCCUCGGCGACCGGCGGGAGGUCGUGCUCAAGAUCGACGGCAACGGGAACGGCCCCGCGCCCUUCUCCGUUCCCGUCGGCGGGGCGGCGGGGAAUGCCGGUUCCAACUCCGACGCCAAGCCGGCGCCGAGCAGGACGUUGCUCACCGCCGCCAGCUCGCCGUCCAAGGGCUGGGACGACGGGAGCUACGACUUCUGGAAGAACGAGGGCGGCGGGAAAGGGGGAGGCCCCGCGCCCCGCGUCGAGGACUUCAGCUUCAAGAACCGGCCGGCGCAGCCGCCCACGUCACCGCAGGCAUCGUCCCCUUCCUUCUCGCCGAAGCAGGCGAGCGCCCCGGUGGAGGUCGCCGAGGACCCGCCCACGCGCCUCAUCGGGAACUUCCUCCGGAAGCAGAAGGCGGCCGGGGCCGAGCUGUCGCUCGACCUCGACCUGGAGAUGGACGACAUCGGGAGGUCGUCACACCCGUCCUUGUCCAACUCCCGAGAACGGGAGACGCCGCGUGUCUCCUUCAAGAACCGCCAGUCGUCCUCGUCGUCUUCAUCCGACUCCGAUACCGGCGGCGGCCGUAGGCGCGCCGGCGAUGACGGAAUACGCAACACCUCCACUUCCACUCCAGCGGGGAAGGGCCCGCUAAUGCGAGCCAAGACGCGCUCCCGGCUCAUGGACCCGCCACCGCAGUCACCCAUGGCGCCCCCUGCCGUCGACGAGGAGCGCAAGUCCUCUGCCCGACCUCCUAAGUCCGGCCAGUUUCCUUCGGGACGUAUGACCGGAAAAUCCGGCCAGUCUCCUUCAGGGCGCAAGUCGGGGGCCAUCGGCAAGUCGGGCCCCAUGGAGGAGGAGGAGGACGAUCCGUUCAUAGACGACGACAUCCCUGACGACUUCAAGCGUGGGAAGCUGGACGCCCUCACCAUACUGCAGUGGGUCGGCCUGGUGCUCAUCAUCGGGGCAUUGGUGUGCAGCCUCACGAUAAAGCCCUUGUCCCGGAAGAAGGUCUGGGAGCUGCACCUCUGGAAGUGGGAGCUCCUCGUGUUCGUGCUCAUCUGCGGCCGCCUCGUCUCCGGCUGGGUCAUCCGGAUCGUGGUGUUCUUCGUGGAACGCAACUUCGUGCUGCGGAAGCGCGUGCUCUACUUCGUGUACGGCGUGCGCGGCGCCGUGCAGAACGCGCUCUGGCUCGGCCUGGUUCUCGCGUCAUGGCACUUCUUGUUCGACGAGAACGUCCAGACAAACACGGCGGUGCUGCCCUACGUGACAAAGGUGCUGUUCUGCUUCCUCGUCGCCACGCUCAUCCGCCUCGUGAAGACGCUGCUGCUCAAGGUGCUGGCCUCGUCCUUCCAUGUCUCCACAUACUUUGAUCGGAUCCAAGAGGCAUUGUUCAACCAGUAUGUCAUCGAGACACUCUCUGGGCCGCCGCUAGUUGACGAAGACUACGUGCUUGCUGAGGUGCGUGAGCUGCAACGGGCAGGCGCAACCAUCCCGAAAGAGCUGCGUGCCGCCUUGCCAGCCAAGAACCUUUCGGGCCAAAAAAGCAUCCGGAUCUCGGGUUUAAUCUCCAAGGGAGACCAAUCAAGCAGGCAGCUGUCAAAGGAGAAGAAACAGCGUGAGAUUGAUGAAGGGAUCACCAUUGACAAGCUCCAUAGGCUCAAUCAGAAAAACGUCUCGGCAUGGAACAUGAAGAGGCUGAUGAAGAUUGUUCGUUUUGGGACGCUCACCACAAUGGAUGAGCAGAUUCAGCAGGCAACGGGAGAGGGGGAUGAGUCAGCGACACAGAUUCGCAGUGAAUAUGAGGCGCAGCUGGCCGCCAAGAAGAUCUUUCAUAAUGUGGCAAAGCCUGGAUCCAAGUACAUAUACUUGGCAGACUUGAUGCGCUUCAUGAGGCAGGAGGAAGCCAUCAAAGCUAUGCAUCUUUUUGAAGGAGCACAGGAGCACUGCAGGGUCAGCAAGAGGUCUCUGAAGAACUGGGUGGUGAAUGCAUUUAGAGAGCGCAAAGCUCUUGCCCUAACACUUAAUGACACAAAAACUGCAGUUAACAAGCUCAACCAGAUGUGCAAUGUUGUUGUUGGCCUCAUAGUGUCUGCUCUCUGGCUUCUUAUUCUGGGCAUAGCCACAACACAUUUCUUUGUCUUCAUCAGUUCACAGCUUCUUGUGGCAGUUUUUGUGUUCGGGAAUACUAUGAAGACAAUUUUUGAGGCAAUUAUUUUCUUAUUCGUGAUGCAUCCUUUCGAUGUCGGUGACCGCUGUGAGAUUGAAGAAGUUCAGGUUGUUGUGGAGGAAAUGAAUAUCAUGACAACAGUCUUCCUACGUUAUGAUAACCUGAAGAUCUAUUAUCCGAACAGUGUGCUGGCCACCAAGCCGAUUUUUAAUUUCUACAGAAGUCCUGAUAUGGGAGAAGGAAUUGACUUCUCUAUCCAUGUUGCCACGCCGGUGGAAAAACUGGCUCUCAUGAAGGAAAGAAUACUACGUUACAUUGACGGUAAGAAGGAGCAUUGGUACCCCGGUGCGAUGGUUGUCCUCCGAGAUGUGGAUGACACCAACAAGCUAAAGGUAUCCAUAUGGCUCCGGCACACACUCAACUUCCAGGACAUGGGGAUGAGGUUCGUGAGGAGGGAACUCGUGCUCCAGGAGAUGAUCAGAGUGCUCAAGGACCUCGACAUCGAGUAUCGGAUGUUGCCGCUGGACGUGAACGUGCGGAACGUGCCCCCUCUUCAGUCCACAAGGAUGCCGACGACAUGGAACUAUGCCUGAAGCGGCGAACGCGAGGGCCAGAAGAUACAGCAGUUACCUGCAGGAGCCUGGCAGCAGCAACUAUAGCGGAUAGCCAUUAGCUGUUAGUUUGCCUCCCCCUCAAAAAAAAAAGCUGUUAGUGUGUCUGAUGUGAUGAGUGUGUUCUGUAGUAUAACAAGCUUUCGUGCACUUGAUGAUAGGCAAUACAGAUAAUGGCCAUUGGAAAUGUUGAAAGCGGCCUGCCGUCGCCGCUGAAACUUUUGUUGAAA